CUCAGUUUAGAAUCCUUGUUGCCGGCGUGGGAAACGCGUGUCCCAAGCAGCCAGAAUACAGGAAUCGAACCGUCGAAAACUCAAGUAAGGUUUAUUAGCCUCUAUCCUUCAACAAUUUUGGCUGCGGGGCUUGAGUCAGUGUGUGUGGUAUUUUUUUUUUGCUGUUCAGGUGUGGCGACCACCGCUUAUUUUCUUCGGAGUCGCCCCAGACUGAGGCAGACCAGAGUACAGUAAUCCAUAAGUGAAACAAAAGGCGAGUCCUUUUCGUCGGGUGCCAAUUUUUUGUGCUUCCGGGUUGCGUUCCGUGCUCUAAGUUACGUGCGUGCGAUUUACAGUGAGCCUGCAGUCGAGCAUGGCUAUGGCGGCUAUGGCGGCUAAGGAACGCCGACCCCACCACCUGCCGCUGGUUCUAGUACUGGCCCUGAGUGUGGCUCUGGAUCUGGCACUGCCCGCCGGGGCAGCCGGAAAUGAUGUUAUUUCCUCGACGAAAGCAGAGUCGGAGCACGGUCUGAUUCAGCUCGACCAGGACAUCGAAGAUGCAGCGGAUACCAGCGACCAGUCCCGCCAGUCGAGACCACACAAAAAUAUUGACUAUGACGCCUACGCGAACGAUUUCAAUUUUCAAGAAGAGGCCUCCAUACCGGAGGACAUAUUUGACCAGCACGAUGGCGACAUUGAAGUUACCGACUCCCAGCUGCAUUAUGCCCCAGCCGCCCUAGCUUCCCCAGCCGCCACUGAUGCAACCGCUGGCGACGAUGAUGAAGCCAGAGAUGCUGAAGAUGCGAUCGAGGCUGUGUGGAGCGAUGUGGAUGGUUCACCCCUAUGGUAUGAGGACCAGAACGAGGACGAGGCAGCCGAUAUAAUACUUGAAUCGCAAAGGCCCACUACGAAAAACUGUACUGCUUACCUAGACGCAAAAGAAAUGUUCAUAAAGUACCAGAAUGGUAACAGCAAGAAGAAGUUUUCGGAACAGAAGCAAAAUAAAGGUAACUACAUGUACAAAUUGGUGAACAAUAAGGAGAGCCAGCCGCCGAAAAGAUUACCCGAUGAAAAUGAAGGGGCAGCACAAGAAGCCGUGGCCGGGACAGAAAGUGCAGUAAAAUUUGUUUUCGCCAAGGAGGCAGUGACUGAGUCGAGCCAGGACAACGCUAACUUUGACAGGAAAAGUUUAAGGUAUACAAAAUUUAAGAAAAUGCAUGAACAGGAAAAUCAACAGCCGGAGAAGCAACACGAAGAACAGGACCCCAAGCCGCAGGACCGCCAGGAGCAGGCUCACGGUCCAGACAGGGCCAAGUGGCAAGGUGGUGAGAUGGGGGAGAGGAGAGGCCGAGAGGAACAGCUGUUUGAUUCUAUAGAAAUAUUAAAUGAACGAAAAUUUAAUAAACCAUCAGGCCAAUUAACAUUGGAACCGGAGCAGGAAAAACAUAAUCGAGACAACAAAAAAGGGAAAGAGAUAGUCAAGAUAGUGAGAGAGGAUGAGGAAGCAAUCGGCGACAUUGAAAACAAUUUUGAUAAUGAUAAAAUACUGGAGGACGAAGGCAUCCAGUUUUCAAUUGACAUUGACGAAUCAUCCAAAAAACCCCCACCAGUACCAACAACUUCCACAAAAAUAACACCCACAGCCAGCAGGGAGACUAGUAAGGACUGUGAAGCCACAAUGUCACCGACCAUAGCAAUGAUUGGUCGCAAAGAAAAGCGUGGAUUUUUCCGCAUGUAUAGGCCAGAUAUCAUGGCUAAAUAUUUUGAAAAGUUCGAGGAGCUUGACAAUGCAAGGGAAAAUGUUGAGACGAGUGCUGAUGACGACGACAUCCUUGGUUCCCCUGUUGGGGAGCUGCACUACUUCGACAACGGUGGUAAGCAUCAGAAGCAACCAGCAGAAAAGGGAUUGAUGAUGGACCCGACUCAGGUCCCAUUACGGGCCAGUUAUUUAAGUAGCUCCUUUGGUCUGCCAGAAAAUGGAAAGCAACAGCAUCAAGAAUCAAGUUUCGCUGACGAUCAGACCUCGGAGCAGCCCCCCCCUCUGGAACCACAGCAGGACAGUCUUGGAAGUCUGGAGAUGAAAAGAAGCCAAUCGGAAACUUAUAUGGAAUCUGCAUUGCAGCCGUUUCAGGAGACGGUUCCGACUACAACCAUAACGCCAACCUCUUCGACACCUUCCUCUGCUUUUGAGCGAUUCAAGGCUUUGCGGCGCAGCCAUCAGAAGACUGGCCACAAGAGCCACAAAAAGCGAUACAAGGAUUACCUAAAACGGCAUCACCAGCCAGAACCAGGAACAGUAAAACAACCACCACCCCCGAGUCUCGCACCCCGUCAUGUCCAGAAGCUGCUCCACGAACAAGUGCGAGAGCGGGAGCGAUCCCUCUCAGCUCCCAUAUUCGCCUUAGGUAUGCGGCCCCGCUCAUCUCUGUCCACUGAUAAACCCUUCUAUGAGGGACGCGUACACUACUACGACCACCCCCGACUCGGCAUGGAGCAAGACCAGGAGCAACAGCAGACCACAGAGAUGGAGCGCCUAAUAGCCCACGACAAUGACAACUGGUACCGUCGUAUAAGUCCCGUUCUCCGCAAUGGCAUCAAAGGUGGCCAGGGCGAGCAGCAUCCUGUUAAAGGACAUCAACAACACCAUCAUCAUCAGCACCAGUACCAGCACCACCAUCACAACAACCACAAUAACCACAACAACCAAAACAGGCAAAACCACCACCAGCACUCCUACCAGAAACCGGGUCAACUGCGUCAGAGGCUGAGCAGUCCCUACCAGCGCAAGGCACCAGCAGCGUCAUGGGCAGGUUCGGUGGAAGGUUCUCCGAGCAGUUCCUUGCCUACUCCACCACUGCCACCGCCCACCCAGCAGCUAGGACACCAGAUCACCGAACUGGAGCACCUCGAACGCUACUACGCCAAGUGGCCGCAUCUGGCACGGGUCCAGUUCCAGCUGUACGAUGAGCAACGCAAGUCUCAGCAGCAUCCACAGCUGUAUGGCGACUACGAGGACGACUACGAGACUGCAGCCGAGCUGGAAGAGGCCCAGGAAGAGCAUGGCGAGGAGGCCAACCUGCCGCCGUAUAUCAAGAAGUACAAUCGGCGCAACAAACAGUUGCUCAACCUGCUCGAGGGCACCCUACCACCACCAUCGAACCCCUCCGGUAACUCCGUUUGGAGCGGAUCCGUGUCGAAGGCUGGAACACCUGUCACAACACCGGUGCGUCUGGACGAUGAAUAUUUGAAGCAGAAGCGGCGACGCUACCAUCAGCAGCACCGUUUCGAGGACUUGUUUGCCGAGCAGCGCAACGGCUUCAUUGCCACAGAAUCCCAAGAAACAACCACGAUUACAGCGCCUACAUCAGUCACAGAAGAAACAUCAGCCACGUUAGCAGAGCUUCCCAGCAAUCAACUGCCUGACGACGACGGGUAUGUGCACAUCGAUGGAAAUCGGCAGAAGACGCGUCUAACCGCAUCCGUUGACUUCUGGCAGAAGGAAAUGGCCAACAAAGCACCUCGCCCUCGGCCUUCCUUCACUCCGCAAUCAGCUGUGACUACUCCCAAGCCCGCCCUGUUUAAAUUGCCCUCGUAUCCAGCCAUAGCAAGCAGUUUCCUGGGAGCUCCGAGAAGCCGCAGCCGAAGCACACAGUUCGUGGCCAAUGUGGCGGGUCGUGGACAGAGCAGCAGUCUGCCACACCACGACACCUCCAAUAAAAUAGGCGAUGGAGCCAAGGGCACUGGUGAAGGAGUAGCGGAAGCUGCAGCAUCGCCGCUCAACUCCUUUGCAUAUCAUCGCGUCGUCGAUGGAAUCGGCGGCAACUCGGUGCUAUCCAGUGGUGUCGGCACAAGCGGCGCCAACAGUCACAAGCAGUCUCGGCUUCCCUUUGUAGCCAUUACUGAUCGGAGACUUGAGACGAUGGUCAGCAAGAGGACGCUAGCAGAGCGACACAAAGACUUUGAGCAGAAUCAUUUUCCAAUGCCUUAAGCCCCGACCUCAAAGUGAGAGCGUCGGAGUGGUUCAGGUGCGGAGGGAGAGCAAGAAUAAGUAAUGACGGGCUGAUGAGGGCUGGAAAUGAGAUGGGUAUUGGGUCGAUUAGGAAACACUAGCUUCAAUUUUCUACUGUUUCAAGCACGAUUGAAAUUUGUAAUAUUUAAACUAUUUGCAACCACCUAAGUCCGGGUGCAUACCCAUAAUAAAAACUAUUUCAGUGUUUCGUGCUUACUGUAAAGGUUUUCAAUCACAUAUAGAUUUUAAAAAUAUUAAUUUUUAAAGCAGCAUUUUCAAGAUCCAGCCAAGACCGAUUUAGGCAGAUGUAUUUCAGAUUGAAUGAACCGAUUUAAGCCGAUUGAGCAAAAAGGCAUCAUUAAAUAUUUUUCGAGUACGAUUCCACAGCUUUUUCGUGGGUCAAGUCCUCAUAUCCAGCCUUAUUUUCAGCCAUGGGUCGUAACAUAAAUAUAGAACUAUAAUAUUGUAGUCGCCGCUUUCGGAUGGUUUUUUGUGUUUUAUACUCACAAAAUCACGAAUACUCCAUAUUCUUGUACAUGUGUCUGAAAGAGGAGAACCAGAGAAUCAAAGGAUUUAGAAAUAAUUGUCAGAGAACUUUUUGUGGUGGUAGAUAUAUAAAAACAAGAAACCAUAAAUGUUAUAGGAAGGUAAAAAAUGAAAGUAAAAAUUCUACAAAAAUAUGUAACUAUAUGUGAGCAAAGAAUUUUUUUUGUAAAAAUAGGAAAUAUCACCAAAUUCUGUAGACACAUGCACAUACACACACACACACACACUCUAAGAGCUGUUAGAAAUCAAAAAGUGAUAUCCAAAAUUUAAUUUUUUUCAAUGAAAUGAACAAGAAUCUUGAAUAAUUUGGUCGAAAACUCGCCUUUCCACGCACAACACUUACGCAAACAUAUGGCGAACGCUCCCUUCUCCCUACUGCACGCAAACCAUACAAAUAGGUUUCAAAAUUGAACAAAAAACUAAAUUUGCAUUAAAAAUGGUGUUAUACAGAAUUUUAAAGAUACGAGUACAUAUGUAUUUUAUUAUCCAGAGAAAAGAUAAAUUUUAGAAGUCAAUAGCAAGGCGAACGAAACAACACUGAAAACAUAUCACUAAAAGGAAUAGGCAGUUAUUAAUUAUACAUCAAGAUUUUGCUUCGGAUUAAUAAAUCGCUUUGAAAAUAAAUAAAGAUUUUUCAAGAUUUAAGAAAUUCUGGGAGGCGAGCAAUAUCAAGAACGAUUUAGCAGGCUCGUUGUUAAAUAGUUCCUGCAUGGUACUGCCAGCCACCGUUGCCAUCAACGACGCGUAACUUUAAACUCUAACUAGGUUCAAAUAUUCAUCAGUAAUCGUUUUGUAUAACGUGUUCGUGCUAAAAAUGUUUAACAUAAGUAAGAUCCGAUUCCAUCAUCAUCGCUCGAAGCAUUGCAUAACAUUCUUCGACGACAAACCAAACAAGAAAUAACCUUAACCAACUUAAAUAGCGAUAUUGAUUUGCUAAUUUUAUACUUCCUUCCAUUUUCUGAAACCAUUUAAACUGAAAUUGUUGCGAAACGCAUUGACAUUGGUGUAUCUGGUAUUUGUCUACCGUCUCCCAACAAUUUUAGCACCAAAAUCGAUUAUGAAUCGUUGAAUCGGUAUUGAAGCGGUAAAACCAUUGUAUAAUAUUUUGAGCAAUACUCGCUUCAGAGUAUUCGCUUCAAUCGGAGUUUUAGUCGAAGAAAUUAUUCUCGACGAAAAAUUAUGUAUUUAUCGGUCUGAAGCAAACAUCUUACCAUCACACCGUUAAGAAAACAAACAAUAAAUAUUCAAACAGAACAAU